AUGCGGGACUUUGGCAUGGCUCUUGAGGAUUGUGGUUUGACAUCGAUGAAAUAUAAAGGUUACAAAUAUACUUGGACAAACAAUCGGUCUGGGGACGACAGAGUCCAACUUCAGUUGGAUAGGGGAGUGGCAAAUGCUGCGUUUUUUCUUGCUUUUUUCGAGAGUGAUAGUACAUCAUAUUCUGUGCCUUGGGCUCAAAGAUUUAUGUUCGAAGAAAUGUGGAUUGAAAUUGAUGGGUGUACAGAGACAAUUGCUCAAGCUUGGGGAGAGGAACAAGGUGAUGUUGUUACUAAGAUAAAAGCUUGCCAACAGUCCUUACUGGGUUGGAAUAAUAAAUCAAAGAUACGUCGGAUUCAAGGGCAACUUGAUGGAUUCAAAAAGAAACUGCAAACAGAUGAUAUGGUGCGAUGUCAACAUAGGUUGGCUGGUGAGUUGGAUAUGUUAAACAGAGGAGAUGAUAACAAAGGUCUCGAGUUUUCUUGGCUUAAAUAUGGGGAUCAUAACACAAAUUUUUUUCAUGCACAAGCUAAACAAAGGUUACGAAGAAAUUUCAUGCAAGGUAUUUUUGAUGAUCAUAAUGUGUGGAAUACUUCUAAUGAAGGUGUUGGUUCUAUUUUUUGUGAGUAUUUCAAGAAGCUAUUUACCACUAGUGGUGAGAAUGAUUUUAGUAAUGUACUGGCAGCAGUGCAAUAUAAAGUGACUCGAGAACACAAUCAAAGACUGAGCCAGCCUUUUACUAGAACUGAAUUGGAAGGUGUGCUCUCACAAAUGUUUCCCCCUAAAUCAACUAGUAUUGAUGGGAUGCCAGCUCUAUUUUACCAGCGGUACCGGUACUGGCACGUAAUUGGAAAUGAUGUGGUCAAUGGGGAGAUUGGAGGUUCUAACUUUGGAACUCAGUGCGCUUUUUGGAAAAAACUUUGGCAUUUGGAGGUUCCAAAUAAGGUUAAAAUAAGUUUAAAUUUCCUGCCUACAGCACUAAACCUUGUUCAACGAAAGGUAUUGGUCUCAGCUUAUUGUUCUGGCUGUGGGACGACGACAGAGGAUGUUGUCCAUGCUUUUUGGGGUUGUAAACGCAGCAGACGGUUUUGGGCGCUAACUUCCUUCAAUAUUGAUUUGGCGGUCAGACAAGGCUCUUUUGCUGGAUUUUUGGAGAGAGUUUGGAAGCUUCGUAAUGAGGUGCUCUUCGGAAAGAUACCUGAUGGGCUUUCUGAGAUUGUUGAGUGGAUCAUGGAGUUUUUGGAGCAGUUUAAAAUUCGGAAUGUUCACACCAAGCCAGCAAGGGUGCCACGGUUUAUUAGGUGGAUUAAACCUCUCUCUUCUGCGUUGUUAUUGAAUUUGACGGAGCGAUUGGACAAGCUGGUUGUAAUAGAGGGGUUGGUGGUGUCGUAA